UUGCAGAACGCCUUUGCAAAACCUCUCGACUCUGAUGAGAAAAUACCUAUCGUCACUGCGAGACAGGAUUUGAAAAGUGCCGUGAAAAACGCAAGCGCGCUGGGAAAGGCGCAAGAGGGCUCGCCUGAAAAAGUGAAAAACGCCAGCUCUGACGAAAAAGUGAAAAAGGUCGGCUCACAGGUGAAGGCGAGAGACGCCAGCUCUGACGAAAAAGUGAAGAAGGUCGGCUCACAGGUGAAGGCGAGAGACGCCAGCUCUGACAAGAAAAGUGAAGAAGUUCCACUCGUGCAGAAGUCGAUGUCAUACAUUGAUAUCUCGCGUAACAUUCUUCAUCAGAGCGAAAACUUGUUUGUCGAACGACUGCUCGCGUCGAAUAAAGGAGUGGCUCUGAUAAUUUCAACACAUGUUUGUAAACGAUUUAAACGGACACAAUCGCAGCCUCGACAUCGAUGA